UUCUGUUCCACUCAGGGAACUCCUCUGAAACUGGCAGUGAUGACAGACAAGGGGGAAACGAGGUGUCAGUUUUACACGUGUAAGUGCUUCACCACUGACAACAUCUUCCUGAAGGACUACCGGCUCCAUGUCCGCUUCGUGUCGGAGCAGCAGUUCCGGCUGGACUACCUCACACUGCUGAAGAAGCUCGGCUGCGACACAGAGGAACAGUGGAAGGAUGUCCUCAACAAGAUUUCGCAGGAAGUGGACAGAAGAAGGUGUCUGAGUGUGACAUCUGCUGGGAGAGCUGCUGCUAUUAAAGACAUGUACCAGCCUCUACAUCCUCAUGUCUAUCAUUUGCAGGAGUCCUACCUCUCGACCAAACUCAAGCAGAUUGUGGAGUACUGUCGAAGCAGCGACGCCACUGAAGACGGUCUCUUAGACUUGCUGGAUCAAGAGGCAGCUCCAAGGGUGUAUCACUUCCCUGUGUUUGAGAAAAGCUUCUGUGAGGAGCUGGUGGAGGAGCUGGAGCACUUUGAACAGUCUGCAGCCCCUAAAGGAAGACCCAACACCAUGAACCACUACGGGAUUCUCCUCAAUGAGCUGGGCUUUGACGAGGGAUUCAUCACACCUCUCCGUGAGCAGUACCUGCAGCCGCUCACCGCCCUGCUGUACCCGGACUGUGGGGGGCGCUGUCUGGACAGCCACAAGGCCUUUGUGGUCAAAUACGACAUGAAUGAAGACCUGGACCUGAGCUACCACUAUGACAAUGCAGAGAUCACACUUAAUGUUUCACUGGGAAAAGACUUCACUGAUGGGAACCUUUAUUUUGGUGAUAUGAGACAGGUGCCAGUGAGUGAGACAGAGUGUUCGGAGGUUGAACACAGGGUAACCGAGGGCCUCCUCCACCGGGGCCAGCACAUGCACGGGGCCCUGCCCAUCUCCUCCGGCCAGCGCUGGAACCUCAUCAUCUGGAUGAGAGCCUCUCAAGAACGCAACCAACUGUGCCCCAUGUGUAACAGGAGGCCUUCGCUGGAGGAGGACGAGGGCUUCGCUGAUGGAUUCACCAAACAGUCCGAGGCUCUAAUGAACUCUUCGUGUGUGUUGACGUGAUGAAUCCAGCUGUUGUGCUCUUCUUCAAGACUGCACUGGGUGAUUGUAGGAAGCCAUUAGACUGAAUUUAAUUUAGUGGCACAUUUGAAUUAUAUUCCAAAUUGGAAUGGUUGAUAUUUAUUUAUUUGUACAAUAAAUAAUUCUAAAGGUUUUAUAAUUCUGGGUUUUAAAUGUUUAACUAAAUGUCCAUUUUAGGACAAUAGCUCCGAUCAAUAAGGUACGAAUCCAGAGUAUUCAUCCAGCAUGUCACAUCAAUGCAUCUCUAUAAAGAAUGCAGUAACACCACCUUUUCCCACAGCAGUUUAUCUGACAGUGGUUGGUGGCAUCUGUCUUUACCCAUCAAUCUAGUAAACCCUGCCAAUAUUAAACCCAGACUCUGCUGUUUACCUACUGACUACUGUGUUGAUUAUUUUUGCAAAAUGUGCUGUAACGCUGCUCUUGAUCAGGAAGAAUGGACAUGAACACAUAUUUGGGACGGUGUGUAUUUGCCAAACCACAGAUUUCUCAGUUGCCUUACAUCUAAAGAGAAAAAAAAGUCACUCAGGUCAAAGUUUGGAAUAAUGGAAGUUUAAUGACAAAUUCUGCCAGUUCAUGAAUAACCCUAACCCUUUCUGUGUGCAAUUUUGUUUUCGUUUUCUGCGUAGUAUCGUGGUUAAAUAUGUUCUCAUACAAAGUCUUUGGAGGUAGAAACACAAAUAUGAGCCUGUCAGCUGAAUUCUACAAAAUAAAUUGAUGCUUUUCAGAGACAUUAAAACA